AUGUUGCAGGAUCCAAAUUCAGCUGUUUCUAAAGCAUUCACAUUCUACAAAUCCUGCAUGAGCGACGCUUCUAUUGAAACUGCUGGGACUCAACCAAUUUUUGACGUCAUAGAAAAAUAUGGCUCCUGUAACAUAAUCAAGAGCAACUGGAGUGGCGACUCUUGGGUGUUAGCGAAAGUACUUGGAAGGGUUUUUGCGGAAACUUCAUUGCCUGUUUUUCUCAAUGUGGAUAUAGAGAAAUCGUUUUUCAACACGUCUGAAAUAUUUAUUUCGAUAAGUUCGGGAUUGUCUGGUUACGACGAUGAUAAACUAAACGAAGAAAAACCUCGUUCAAAAGAGAAAGAUCUGCCGUUACACGACAAACCUAGUAAGAAAAUCCCCGCAAAUGACUUUGAAGAUUACGGGAAGUAUAUUUCCAGUAUAUUCAAAUUAUUUGGAACUAAUUCCAUUGUUGAUAAUGCAUCGAAAAGUAUCGUUAAAUUGGAAGACAAUUUCUUAAAAAUCCGGAAAAUCCUGGAUGGAGAUGACGCAGAUGCCGUUAGGAAUAAUGUCAAAUUUUUCACAAUAGAUGAGUUAAAUCAUCUGACGUCAUUCAAGUCCGCCCCUGAAAGAGUACGGCAUAUCUCUUGUUUUAGUUUGCUUGCUAACGAAAUAAUAUGGAGAAUUAUUCGAAAGUUCAUCGACAGUCUGCCAAAGGGAUUUAGAAAAGCGCGAGAGAAAUAUUAUGCAACCUUUGGAGUGCGCCCAACUCCUAGAUGGAAGGCGUGUAAUGAUUUGACAAACCAAUAUUUCACACAUGCUACCACCUUGCUCUAUGUUAACAAACGUGUGACAGAAGACGCCUUGGAAAAGGCAGCAGUUAUGUUUGCUGAGAUCAAAGCUGAGUUCGUUGAUGGCUUGGAAGAGCACAAAUGGAUGGAUGAUGCGACCCGUUCACAGGCUCGCCUUAAGCUGCAAAAAAUGAAAGAAUGGAUUGGAUAUUCAUCUUUUAUUAAAAAUACAACAGAACUGCACAGUUAUUACAAAAAUUUCCAAGUUAAAGAGUCAUUUCUUUUACAAAAUAUGUUGAACGCCGUCAGGAAUCUAAUUCUGAAGAAGAGCCAGCAAUUGGGAAAGCCGUCGGACGAUAGCAGCUUUUCAACGUCAACUCUUCCGGUGAAUGCGUUUUAUUUGUCUAAAGAUAACCGCAUAGUAAUUUUGGGGGGAAUAUUACAACCACCUUUCUACGAGAGUGGUAGGCUAAAAGCAAUGAAUUACGGCUCACUUGGUUUCAUCGUAGGCCAUGAAAUUUCACACGGCUUUGAUGAGGAUGGAAGUGGGUACGAUGAAAAUGGAAACAUUCGCCAUUGGUGGACUAAAGUAUCACAUGAUAAUUUUGUGGAAAGAUCAAAAUGUUUAAUUGAUCAGUACAGCAAUGUGACAAUAUUCGGUUACCAGGUCAAUGGCACUCAGACAUUAUCAGAAAAUAUUGCUGAUAACGGAGGUCUGAAAUAUGCCUACAGAGCCUAUCAAAAGUGGCGAGAAACACAUGGCGAUGAAGAUCGGUUACCAGCUCUCUCUUUGGAUAAUAACCAACUUUUCUUUGUUAGCUUUGCCCAGACGUGGUGCGACAAAUAUGGAGAAGGAGCCGUCAAAUAUUUCAUGGAUAAUGAUGAACAUUCGCUAGAUCCAGUGAGAGUACGCGUUCCACUCUACAACUUUCUCGAAUUUAGUAAAGCAUUUGGAUGUGCAUCGCAGACGGACACUUGCGUAGUUUGGUAGAAUCUCUCAAUACCAUCACCUGACCAUUAAACUGGGUUUUUUUGUUCUUUUUUCUUGUUCUUUAUUAAUAUCAAUAUGGUCCACCUAACUGUAGCAUUUAAGAAAUUUUCAAGAUAGAUGUCGAACGAUUUCCCAUAAGUUUAACAUAAACUAUACAGUUAAUCACGUG